AUGGCACCCUACGAUAUGAGCUCAAUUCUGGAUUCGAGGACAGUUGAUGAGCAAUAUUUCCAACCCCCUGACAGUAUGGAUCCACUCACGCCUGCCUACAAGGCAGGCAUGGUCCCGCUAGCUGUGUGUGCAAUGCUGAGUUUAUUCUCUGUCGCUGCAUUACUGGGCUUCAUCACACAACGAAUGAUAUCAUGGCGAAGGCAUUACAGACAAUACGUCGGAUACAACCAAUACGUAAUCCUUAUCUUCAAUCUCCUCAUUGCCGAUCUUCAACAAUCAAUUGCAUUCUCGAUAUCCUUCCAUUGGCUUAGACUCAACAAGAUUCUGGCACCAACCGGAGCGUGUUUUAUUCAGGCCUGGUUCUUGCAAAUCGGAGAUGUUGCAAGUGGCUUCUUCGUGCUUGCAAUUGGAAUACACACAUGGUUGGGCGUGGUCAAAGGAUACAAGCUGCCUUAUCUGUGGUUCGUGGUGGCGAUUCUAUCGAUAUGGUUCUUCGCUCUAUUUCUCACAGUCUUGGGGCCGGCAAUGCAUCGGGAUAGAUACUUUGCUCGUGCAGCAGCUUGGUGCUGGGUCUCGAGUGAAUACCAGGGAGAACGACUCUGGCUCCACUACCUCUGGAUAUUCAUUGUUGAGUUCGGCACAAUCAUCAUUUACGCACACAUCUUCUUCCACCUCCGCCAUCGUAUUCGAAACAUCGUCGCAAACGACACCAGAAAGCUCACACGCGCGAAUAAAUUCAUGGUCAUGUAUCCGGCUGUCUACGUGAUCUUGACACUACCUAUCGCCGUGGGCCGCAUGGUGGCUAUGACAGGGGAACCCAUGUCUGAGAACUUUUACAUCAUUGCCGGCUGCCUACUCACCUCCUGCGGGUGGAUCGACGCACUCCUAUACACCUUGACGAGACGUGUACUAGUUUCCGGAGACCUGAGCGCAGGACACUACAACCAAACACUCACCGCCAACCUGACCAACGCGGCGCGCCCCGGCGACACCGAACAAGGCCACUUUGGCCUCCAGUCUGUCGGUAAAAACGACGGAAUCACAACCAACGCACGCACCGUCACCAUCACAGGCGGCACCAAACGGUCAUCACACUUAAGCGAGCAUCGCCGGGGCCGCAGUCACAUGAUUGAGACGCAGCGCAGCAGCACAAUAAACGAGGAGAGUCCUACGCGAACAGGAUCACAAGACUCCAUCAUCAGAACCAAAGAUACUGGCAUUAGUAUCGUAACAGAGACGAGCGUCCAAGUCGAGACGUCGGACGAAAAGGAAAUGGACGCGGGGAUACCGCUAAUAAAGGACUAG